AUGAUUAAAUGCGUCAAAAGUGAGAAAGUUGAGAUCCUAGAGGUCGACAAACCAACCAGGAUGAGUAUGAGGGUACACAAUAAACCAGCCGGUUCCGGCGGCAAUAAUAAACAAAAUGAUAUGAGGCUGCUGGAAGAAAAUGAGGAAGACCGCCUUCAGACUAUUACCACUUGUGAGCUCGAUGUGCUCACAGUGCUAAAUAAAACCAAGACAAAUAAAGCACCUGCUAAACUCUACAAGAAAAAUAAAGGAAGUAAAAACCGAAUUGCAAAACCCUUGACAGUCUCUACACAUAACCAGUUCAUCACCAGAGAAAUCCUGACAAACAACAACAAUAGAUACAGCGGUAGUAGAAGAUUGGACGUUGACGAGGCAUUACACAUCAAACAAACCCAGCCGUCUAUCAACGGUCAACUAACACCAAAUUACACUCUGACAUCUUGGAGAACACGGCCAAACAUCGGAAAUACUGCCCUCAGCCAUCAUGGAAACAUAAGGAUGCUGGUGGUGGCGACGGCGUUGGUGGGGGUGGUGAUGGUACUGCUGUUACUGCUUAUCAAGAUGUCUACAUCACCCGUCACCCCAGGCCUCCCUCCAGGAGAGUGGGGCUGGCCUGUGAUUGGCUACGUCCCCCCAGGCGACGUCCCGCUCGCAAAGCAUGUCAACAAACUGAGGGGAAAACAUGGAGACAUUUUCUUAAUGAAGCUUGGAUGUCGCCUGCUGGUAGUGUUGGCAAACUUCGAGCUCAUCAAAACAGCGUUCGCCAAGCCUGAGUUGCAAGGUCGACCUCAUCUCUUCACAUUCAAGAUCUUCGCCUACUUCCAGAUGGCCGGCAUGCUCAGUUCUGAGGGCCCCGUGUGGCACCACAACAGACGCUUUGCUAUCCAGCAGCUCAAGAACCUGGGCAUGGGCAAGUCUCUACUGGAGGUGACGGUGCAGAGAGAGGCAAGACGUCUUCUCAGUGAUCUGGAGCACACGCUCGGCCAGCCCACCGAAAUUACCUGGAACAUUAACGUGUGCAUUGUUAACGUUUUGUGGGAGCUUGUAGCAGCCCGCCGAUACGAUAUUAACGAUGAGAAGAUUCGAACUCUUUCAAAGAAGGCUGCUGACAAUUUUGACAUCAUUCAGGGCCCCUUGGCUCUGCUAGACCUGUACCCCUGGCUCCGUUCUCUGCUGCCGGAGUUCCUGAAGAACGCCUGGAUGAAACUGAACGAGGUCAAGCAAAACAGGGACAAGCUCGAUGCUUUCAUGCACGAUAUAGUGAUGGAACACCUGGAGAACUUCGAUCCUAGGGAUCCCCAGGACUUCAUCGAUGCCUUUCUCGUUGACCAUGUCACCAGCCCACACAAUCCCUCCGACCACAGGAAAUAUCUUCUCUCUGAACCGGAUUUGCGGAACUUGAAAUCAAAUCUAAGUGACCUCUACAUGGCGGGGACAGAAACAACGUCUUCGACUCUGCGAUGGGGUUUCCUGUACCUGGCAAUGUACCCACAAGUUCAAGCCAAGAUCCAGAAGGAGAUCGAUGCCGUCUUGCCAAGAGACACCUUUCCUGCACUCGAGCACAAGGACAAGCUGGUGUACCUUGAGGCAGCGCUGAGGGAGAUACAGCGAAAGGCCACAAUUGUUCCUAUGGGUGUCAGUCACUUGGCCACCUCUGACACCAUAGUGGCAGGCUACUGCAUUCCUAAGGGCACAAUGGUGAUGGCAGCCAUGGAAGGUUGUCACAAUGAUCCCCAGUACUGGGAGCGACCUCAAGACUUUUACCCGGAGCAUUUCCUUGAUGAGCAAGGAGAGCUCAUCAAUAAAAGGGAAGGAUUCUUACCCUUUUGUUUAGGAAGACGUCAAUGCUUCGGGGAGCCCAUAGCCCGUCUGGAGCUGUACAUCAUCGUCGCAGCACUGCUACAGAAGUACACUAUUACGCUUGCUCCCAAUGAGAAGGUCUCCACAGAAGGUGACCCCCGCAGACCUCUGUUCAAUUUUGCUAGACCAUUUAAAGUAAUACUUACUAAACGAGACUGACCAUAUAUGUGUAAUGAUUAUAUAAUUGCAUGAAUUAGCGUGCCCCAUUCUUGGAUAAGAAGCAAUGUUCUCAACAUGGUAGGUUUCUUGAGUUGGGAAAGUAGCAAAACCAAUAAUUAAGAAUGAUGGAGUUGAGAAUGUCUUCCAAUUUUUUUUAAUUAUGUAGCCAACCAAAUAAAGAAAAGUAGACAAUAUCAAACAAUUUAAAGCACUUUCUAAAACAAUCAACAUUGUAAACCUAAAAAAAACUGACAAGUUUGCCCCAUAUAUAUUUAUGUAUAAAAUAUAUCUUUCAAAAUGAAAUAAAAAACAAUAUAUAAUUAUAUGAUCUGUUGUUCUGUAGAUGGGAACUAAACAGUAAGUACCUCUAAACAACGGACAAUGGACAUGCACUACACUUGUGUGUGUGUGUGUGUAUAUACACUGAGAGUUUACUUUAGCUGUGGACUGUGUCCAGAACUAAUGUAUACAGUACUUGCAGGUUGGUCAUUAAGAACUUAUGGUGGCCUUAAUAACCGUCCAGAGGUUGAUAGGCAUUAACCCCAACACCAAGCCAAAAUAACAGUAGACAUAACAGAUUAUACAGAACAUCACUGACGGGAGGAUCAUCCCAUUUACUGUACUAUGUAAGGAUAUCAGAGUACCAUAAAAAAUUUCAAAACUUAUGAAAACUUAUUUAAAUUACUGGGCUGGAAUAUAUUUUGAAAAUACUGUACUAAGGAGCGACAAUCCUUCAAAACAUACUGUACAGCAUCCGAAGGUAAUAAUGCAUCGCCUGUACAGUACCUCAAUAAGUGGGAGCAAAUUGGUUACAUUUCUUAAACUUUUAUAUUAUUUUAUAAAAUUCAGGGAGUUAAUUUUGAAUAUGUUCAAGUGUGUGUGUGUGUUAUUAUCUAGCCAAAAACUGUGUACAAUUUAAAAAUUAUAUUAUAUAAAUACAACAGAUAGAGGUUAAGUCUCAAUCAACUCGUUGAAGGACGACUCCACUGUUCAUAAAAGUGCAGAUAUGUCAGGAGAAAAAUUAUGUUAUUUGUUCUCUUGGAUCCUUCAUGGUGACCAUAAUUUAUGCAUACUCUUAAGUCUUGUUAAUGUGCCAGAACAAAAUGUUUUGUAAAUUGUGUAUACAGUACUUAAGAUAUAACAGUUUAAAGAAAUAA